AUGCGUAGACUUCAAAAAGAUCCAAAUCUUCAUUUGCAGUAUAUUGAAACUUUAAAAGACUAUGAAAAUAAGAAUAUUAUAGAGAAAGUUAGAUGUCCUAAAGAACCUGUUGAUAAACCUGUGUUCUAUUUGCCACAUCAACCAGUUUUUAGAGAGGAAAGUGCAACUACAAAAAUGAGAAUAGUAUUUGAUGCAAGUUCCAGUCAUAACUUUAAGCAUUUAAGUCUAAAUGAUUGCCUGUGCCGAAAAGGACAGAGAUGCAGUUCGUUUUUUCUGUGGGAAGAAAAUGGUAAAAUUCAAGUUUACAGAUUUAAUCGUGUUCUUUUUGGUGUUACGAGCAGUCCAUUCCUUUUGACUGCUACUUUGAAAACUCACCUGAGAAAGCACUCUGAAGAAUUCCCGACUACAACAGAAUGCUUAGACCGCUGUUUGUAUGUGGAUGAUUUUAUUUCUGGAGCUGAUAAUGUGUCGGAUGCUUUUGAGAUCUCCACUCAAGCUACAUCAAUUAUGAGCCAAGCUAGCAUGGUGCUACGAAAAUGGACUACGAAUGACAAUACAUUGAUGCAGUUUUGGACACGUGAAGGUUUCGAUACACAGCCACAAGUCAACACUAUUAAAGUUUUGGGACUGUCAUGGAAUCCUGCUGAAGAUUGUCUAAUAUUGGGAAAGCAGAGCCUAGUGAACAGUCUGUCUAAAAACGAAAGUACCAAACGAUUCCUACUACGUACAAUUGGAAGGAUUUUUGAUCCGCUUGGGUUGCUUUCGCCGUUUACUAUUCGUGCAAAGUUCAUUCUACAAGUCUUAUGGAUGAAGAAAAUUUCUUGGGAUGAAGAAAUACCUGUAGAUAUACAAAAAAUAUGGCUUCAGUGGUGCUCCGAAGUUCCUGAUCUUUCAGAGUUACGAGUUCCUAGAAACGUGCUCAAUUUAAAUAUACAAGUGCCAACCGAUAUCUUAGAACUACACUGCUUCUGCGAUGCUAGCCAAAAGGCUUACGGUGCUGCUAUUUAUGCAAGAGUUGUGAAGGAUAAUAACAUCGAAGUGAAUUUAUUGGUUAGCAAGAGUCGAGUGACGCCACUAAGGAAAAUCACUCUUCCGAGACUAGAAUUACUCGGUGCUUUGCUUGCCGCCCGACUAGCGAGUAAAGUCAAGAAAACAGUGGAUUUAAAAAAAGCCCUCCUUAGUGUUCUUUUGGACGGAUUCAAAAAUAACUCUCUAUUGGAUUAA